UGCAAGAGCAGUCAAAAGAAUCUCAUUUAAUAUGGAUUCUGCCUGUAAAAUUUCAACAUUUGCAAUUUCCAGAUUAAAUAUUAGUCCAGUUGGGCGUGCUGUGUUGUCUGAAGCGCAGAAACCAUUUGAUAACUGAUUCCAUGUGCUUUUAAUUAAUUGAGGCCUGGAUUGGGGUUAGAUGGAUCAGUCGGUGAUGAGUAUUAAUCAGGUUUAAAUUCUGGAGGUAAAUUGAAUGAUUUAACAAGAAGAUUGAAUGUUUAAUAAAGAAUUCGCCUAACUUUCUUGGAAUUCCCAAUUGGAAAUCUUGGAAGUACAGAAUAAGAAAGGAUUGAAAAUUUGAAUGACAGGCACUCGGAACAGCAACAGACAUUUACAGGCCAACAGCCACAAAACGUUGAAUUUUGUUUUUGUGUCAUAAGUGAAGUAGAAAAUGGGGAAAGUAUUAGGUCAGGGGGUAAAUCAGAAGGUAGUUAGCAGCAAUCUUUCUGUCUACGCUACAGGCCUACAAUGCGUUAAGAUUUAGGUGAGCUUUGGUUAGGUAAGAAUGUGACUUGUUGCUGUUUGUCUGUCGCCGCCUUCGGCGGUUGUGCGUGAUUUCAUUUAACGCUUUUCACGUUUACCCUUCGCCAUUCCUGUUAUAUACUUGUGAUCCCAAACAUGUUUAUCUUUUUCUUUCUUUUGGCUUUUCCUGAGGAACGUGGAAGAGAUUAAUGGAUGCUGGUGAUGCUGCUGCAAGCAUCUGGCGGUAGCGACAACCACCGGUGGAUAAAUAUCUUAAUUUGGUUUUUAUUCAUUCGGGAGUAUCUUGAAGAAGAGGACUGUUCAGAAUCUCAAAAGCUGUCCUGCUGUGUGUUAGCAAUGAGUACAAAGCUUCAUCAGAAACUUGUUGAGGAUAUACGCUUGCAGAAACGACUUCUGGGGCUCAUCGACGAGCGGAAUAACGUUAUCAAAGAGCAGCGGGGAUCUUAUCACUCUCAGGCUCUUCGUCAAGAAAUUGAGGCACAUGAGAAGCGGCUUGUCAAUGUCCGGUCCAGUUGGGAUGAUGACGGGGACAAAACAUACGCAUGGGAUGACAGGCGGAACAGUAGCAGGCGUAGAAGAGACGGAAGAGAAACGUCCAGGGGAAGACAUAAGCUGGCACCUGCUGCACAUGAGACACUCACAUCUUCCAAACCAGUUAAGCCUCUGCCAGAUUUGGCAAUCUGUUACUAUUCUAAUUCAGAUUACCAUCGUCAGCAACAAAGGGACGAAAGGUACAAAGUCAAUUCAAUAAAUAAAAAUGCCAAUGCCGCGGCAUCCAGCGGAAUUGGCGCUCGGCAUCAGAAUGCAAAUGAUGAAAGGGCUCCUGGUGCCUUCACCAAUUCCAUGCACAUUCUUGCUACUUAUAAUAAUAAUUCCAAAAAUUUCAGAAAAUUUCAGGAUCACCACCGCCGCCAUAAUCGAUCUCUCGACCUGGACGAGGUCGAUGCAUCAGCUAUUCAGAGGAAUGCGCAGGCAACCUCUUUUAUACAGAUUUCAAAAGACGCGCUGAAGCUCGGUGAUAUUUUGAAGAGACAACAGGGUAACACAGACGGGGAUUUAUUGAAGGGCGCCAUGGAUUUAGAAGAGUCUCUGAGGAUUUUGGCCAGGCUUCAGAAGUCUACAGGAGGUCUUAAGAAUGUGGAAAAGCGCCGACAGUCUGUGGAUCUCAAGGAAUUGUUGCCGUUUUCAAAGCAGAAGGAGGAGGAGGAUUUGGAGGAAGGUCCCAGGCGCUCUUUUGACGGAUGGAGGGAGCCUCCCAGGUUGUCGUUAGAUGGCAGAGAGUUUGGGAAAUCGUCGAAUCGGGAUCUCAGGGACGCCAUUCGUGCUAGCCUUAGUAGGCAGAAAUUGCUUUAUGGUAAGAGUAGUGAUAACAUCAAUUUCAGGCCUCCUGAUUCAGAUUCUGUACCGAAUUCUGGAAUUUUACAGGUUGUCACUAAGAAGAGAAUUCCCAAUGUUAUUGCUCGACUAAUGGGCUUGGACGAGAUGCCUUCAGAUUCAUUGCCCCUGCUGCCUGAUGCAGUUCCCAAUAGAGUUGAUUCAAGCAGAUCCUUAGAGGGAGAAAGAGGAUUAAAGCCGGAGAAGCCCAGGCUGCAGGAGUCGAUUCGUCGACCAACUCUGCAAACUGCGCAGCCAAGGGAUUUUGUACGCAAGGAUGUUCAUGUUAAAGCUGAAGAGGACGACGACACCAUCUUGGCCGCGCUUAAACGAAUGAAACAGCAGGCUCCACCCAAACCGAGCUUUCAAGAGGAGUUGUCUGAGAAAUUGAAGCGAUUGCAUUCUGUGGAACCGCAACAGGAGCGCAAAACAUUGAAACAGAUUCUGGAGACUAUGGAAGUAAAAGGGCUUUUACGGCCUGGUGCCGACCAAUCCAAACAAAAGGUGGAAGAUGAUCUAAAUCACAGGGAGACCGUAGUUUUGAAGCCCGUGACCGCAAGGAGAGUGCAGGAGCCAGUACAAGAAAAGGGAAAGCCCAGCAAGUCCAGCAAUAAAUCUGUUGCCAAGGAACCAUCUUCUCAAUCUGAUAUAGUUAUUAUAAAGCCUCUGAAUGCUGACUCUAGCACAGGACAGCGGCACGCCCAGAGCCCGCCAAAAGCAACAGAAUUGCAUCCAGAGAUAAAUCCUGUCAAGAGCACCGAACCCAAGAAGAAGAACAAAGGCUCGACUAAAUCUGAAUUGGGCAAACUGGCGAAUGACGGACAAUCCAAGAAGAAGAAUAGCUUAAGCCAUCCUGAAGGCACUCUUAAACCCCCAAAGCAAAGGACUCCAAAUGGAGUGGCGCAGAAGCAUUCCAAGUCACAACUUCAUCCUCCAUCUCCUUCUGUUUUGCAGGAGAUCAAGCGGAGAAAAAGCGACAGAAUUUCCAAGGUCAAUAACAAGAAGGUGCCAUCAAAACCAGAGAAACAGAAACCAGUCCGCAGCAAGGCGAAAGAAAGCGUCUCAAAGCCGCCUCGUCCUGCCCAGCGCCCAGCACCCACAGAUCGAAUUCCGUCAAAGCUUCAUGCUAAACAUGCCAUUCCAAUUCCUGUUCAACCCAUCAGCCAAAACACUUCCACAGUCGAUAUGAACGAUGAUACAAAUGAGGCAAGAUCUCAAUUGCGCGUCGACAGAGACGAAGAAACUCCUGAGAAUCGUAACGUCAAAAGCUUGCAGUCUGUUUCACAGGACGAAAAUUCAGAGUCUGAAUCAUCAUCAGGAAGUAUUCAGCAUCAUAAUAGCCCCGAGGAAUCGACGAGUCCAAUCGCUGUAUUAAAUCCGCCAGCAGAAGCAGACGCUCUCCAAGAUGAUGAAGAAGAAACUGCAGACGAUGAAAACGAAGGAGAAGAAGAUUUAUCGUCUCUACCAAAUCAUCUGGAAGGUUCUGACGACAGCAACAAUAAAUCUUCUGAUGAUGGCAAAAACCAUAGUUUUGCAGUGUCAGAUGAAGACCCAGACCCCUCAAAUUAUGCUGACGAAAAGGAACUGAUGACCGCCGAGGAAAUGAAUUACAAGGAUUACGUGCGGCAAAUAUUGACAAGAAUUCCGGCAUUCAUGAAUGCUGAGGCCGUAGAACUGGCGGAGUUGUACCCUCGGCUUUACUUCAAGCUAGAAGAGCAAGAAGCAGCGUCAAUUUCAGGGCAGGAAGACAUAAAACAGGGGCAUUCCGGUGACGAUCUGGAGCGACAGCUUGUGAUGGAUUGCAUUAAAGAGUUAUUGAAAAGAAAGGCAAGACUACGGUUGCAGAUGAAGCAACCCGUGAAGUUAGCGAGAAUGAAAAGGGCUCCCAUGGGCUUAAAGAGAAGGAAAAGUAUUCAAGAAUUAGUGCAUGAACUGAGUGAUGACAUUGGAGAUCUCAUGGCUUAUCAUAACAAUCUUGGGGGUGAUUUUGUGCAGAGUGCUCUAAACAAGGACCUUAAUACUGGUAACAUUGGUGUGAACAGUAUUUGGAAUCCAUCUUGGGACAAUGGCCUGUAUGGAGAAGAUGAAGCCCAAGAAAUUGGGAGAGAUGUGGAGAAGCUUAUCUUUGAUGACUUGUUAGAGGAGGUUGUUCUGCAACUGUGGGUUUCUCCAGCAGAACUGUGUUCAGGCUAAGCAUAAUUUUGAGGUCCCAAGAUAAUCAAAAUGAAAUGCUAUGUGUGUGUAGGCUAAGCAUAAUUUUGAGGUCCCAAGAUAAUCAAAAUGAAAUGCUAUGUGUGUGCAGGCUAAGCAUAAUUUUGAGGUCCCAAGAUAAUCAAAAUGAAAUGCUAUGUGCGUGCAGGCUUUGUUAGCUAUAUACAUACUGUUGUGUUAAUCAAGUGCCUCAAAUGUAUACCAUAAACCGAGGGCUUCACUGUACAUCUGGAUACUUUCAUGGCUUUCUGCUUCUUCAUUGUCAUUCUUAUAUUCUUUUUCUGUACACCCUGAUUUGAAUAUGUUUUCAGGAUUGAAAAUUAUAUAUAUCAACUGGUCACAUA